AUGCCUGAUGAACAAACCUCGUCGGUGGCGACAGCCGAGGAAGUCUCCGGGUGGUGGCCCUCGGACAAGAGUGAGAGGUCUCGCCUCAAAGCUUUCUUCGGUCGCACGAAGUCGGAAAAGUUCACAAGACAAUACAGCACAGAACCGGCCGACGCUCUCAGUGUUGAACACCAAGCUCUGAGUCCUCCAGAGGGUUCGCAGUGUCCAGCAGCAGUAGCUCGCCAGCACCACUCAAACGGUGACUCUACAUGGCCGAGUCGGAAGUUGGGCCUGUCUCGGCGGAGUGGAAGGGAAAAUCGAAUGCUUCGGGCUCAGAAGAGCCUGCCAAACUUGUUCCAGCUGUCCUCGCACCCCCCCGCGGAAGAGCUGUAUCUGCCACCACCAGUACUUCUACCACCAAUGCCGAUGCCGAUGCCGCGACGCCAACAAACCGCGGCACGCAACGUGUCCAGACCAAGUACAGACUCGUCAGUCCAUACAGUGAACAUCCCCGAUCACCUGCGGGAGCGAUCAUUCUCCGACAAUCAUUCCAUCUCUACCACCCACACGAGCUUCUCCAGCCACGCCAGCUAUGGGCCUCAUACGCCAGAUUCAUCCUUCUCCAGCACAGACAGCUACGAAGCCCAGGUACCACCAGACCCCAGAUCACGGAUCCUGGCCUUGGCCCAGCAUGACCUUGAAGGCCCCUCCGUGCAUUUCGCCAUCCACCAAGGUGCCAUCUCCAAGAAAUGUCCCGUGCCUCUCCCAAGGCAGACCACCUCUCAGGACAAUCCGCUCAAUCUCUCCCGAACCGACUCACGCAUCCAGAAGCCACUGCCGGCCGUCCCUCAGCUCGACGACGCCGGCAGACGAAUCUCCACGGUCGCUCCACUGCCCGAACCAGGCCACAUCCGCAAGACCUCGGCGCGCUACCGAUGCGAAACCCGUGGCGGCGCAUACACCGAACCUAGCACGCCGACGUCUCCGGGCUCGCGGCCCUGCAGUAUCAGAAGCACAACCUCGUCGCGCACCUCGGGGUCAUGCGAGACGCACAAGCGGACCGCCUCGUACAGUCUGUUUCCCCGAACGCCUUCGUCCAGACAGCCAGAUCUGCCGUCGAGGCGGACAUUCUCGUCCCCAUCGGCGACGGCCACCGGCUCAACCACGGGUCCCCAGCGUGGAGGUGAAAUCGAUAGAGAAAGAGAUAGAGACAGAGAACGAGGAAGAGCAAGCGCAGUACUUGACUCGGCGAGCGCGCCCCCCUCGCCACCGUUAACAGACCCCGCAACGACACGCGAAAGAGCGACAAGCACGGGCUCGAGACCCCCUUCACGGACCAAGUUCAAGAGACGCGGCAUGCUUCCGGUGGAUCCGAGGCCCAGGGGCGCCUCAGCGCGAGAAGUGCCCUUUUCGAUCUGGUCCGGGGGGAAGGAAGAGGAUGGGGACGACGCUGCCGCCGCCGCCACCGCCACCACCGCCACCACCAUCGACCAGCCACCACCUCUAAAGGUAACAAAGAGGCCGCCUGCCAGAGACCAGAUCAUCAGGCAGAACAGUAUGCCGUCGUUGUCGGUGUCGGCGCGGGCACGGAGCCCACCGUCGGGACCGCCGCCCGACACGCCACUUCCGGCGCUGCCGACGGGAGCCUCGAGGUGGGUGUCGCUACCUGCUGCGACGCUGUGCUAG